CUCACCCCCUUCAUCUCCAAGUCGCUAUCCACCAUAGCUAUUUAUUAGCUUCUUCAUACAAAUGUCCCAGCUUCUCAUUGUCCGUACACUGCCAGAGCCACUCUUUCAUGCUGGAAAAACUAUUGAAAUUCCCGAUCAAAAAAAAUUCUGAAACCGUCAACUCUCAGGAGCGCUAAUGCAUCCCAUUCGGUCCAAGUGUGUGUAAAAGAUAGGAACUUUGAGAUACUGUGAGGCUUGAGAGGAAUCAGAGGAUAGCUAGAUUUCUUCAGACGCUUGGAAUCAAUCUAAUUCAUGUAAGAAUACAUUAAGUCGUCAGAAUGCUCAGUCGUAAACAGGCAAACACACCCAGAUCGACGGCCUCACCUGGUUAGAUGACCUAGCUGUGACCUGUGAGUAGUGAGCUGCAUUAGUAAUCCUGCAAUGGCUUAUAAUAAUACUAAUAAUUCUUCAAAAGUAGAGCCAAAGCGUUCCCAUCAAUGGUUCAUGGAUGGUAUUGAGCCAGAGUUACAUCCCAACAAGAAACAAGAUGUUGAUACAACAAACAAUCAAUCAUUCACUGCACUUCUAAAUUCAAAUAUCUUACCCUGGAUGAAUGUUUCCUAUUUGCAAUCCCUACCACAGCAGUGCUCUGAGAGCCUUUUAGAUGGUGGUGAGAUCAGAGAACCCAUCAACUAUGAUGACAAAAAUGUUAUGCCAAUUGGCUUUGGCACCAAGAGCAUGCCUACAAUGUCUAUGGAGGGUUCCUAUGGAUACGAUUCUUCAAUUGGUUUAUCGAUAGUGGCUGAGAGGAUGGAGCACCCUAGUUUGAGCAUAAACUAUGGAGGGAUUGGAAAAGCUAAAGAUAAACUCAUGCCUGUGACAAUGGGUGAUAACUUUUCCAUGGGAGUUGACAGCAUUGUGUCACCAGCUGGUGCCAUGGCAUCAUCCAUGGGACUCUCUUUCAAAAGAUCUUCUGCCAAUAUGAUGUCAUUGGGAGACACAUAUCAUACAGAAGAUAGUAAUUUUCUAUCUGCACGUCAGCAUCUUAUUGGCAAUAAUAAAAUAAACACUGGUGAAUUGAUAGGUAGCUUCAAGGAGAAGGAUUAUUAUAUGUCAAAUAAUCAAUCUUUUUUCAAUAAAGACAAUUUCAGUAUUGCAGCGCUCGGUCAAACCUUCAACAGAGAUGAUAGUAACAUCACAUCAAUGAGUUUCAAUAAGACACCUAACUGCUUCACAACAACUGCGAAAGUUGAUAACAAUAAUAUUCUAAUGAGUCGCACUUUCCGCAGAGGGGAAGGCCACAAUAUCAUAUCAUUUGGUGGGUUUGACAAAGAUGAUGAUGUAGCUAAGGUGUCUGGAAGGCCCUUAUCUAGCUAUGACUUGUUGAUGGUUCAGUCUUUGGGGGAAAUAUCAGAAAACUCAAGUGAAAAGGGGUUGGGUCAAUCUAAUGUAGAUACACUUGAAGACACUUCUCCAACUGCUGCUUUAAUAGGUGUGGCUGAUUCUAAGAAGGAUGAGCAAAAGGCAAAUAAAAAGUCUUCUUCAAACAGUUUCCCUUCAAAUGUUAGGAGCUUACUGUUAACUGGUAUAUUUGAUGGAGUUCCGGUUAAGUACAUUGCAUGGUCACGGGAGAAGGAGCUUCGUGGUGUUAUAAAGGACACAGGCUAUCUCUGUGGCUGUCAGUCAUGUAACUUCUCCAAGACAAUUAAUGCAUAUGAGUUUGAGCGUCAUGCUGGCUGUAAAACAAAACACCCAAAUAAUCACAUUUACUUUGAGAAUGGGAAAACAGUUUAUGGGAUUGUACAAGAGCUCAGGAAUACACGGCAGGAUUUGCUGUUUGAGGUUAUUCAGACAAUCUCUGGUUCCCCUGUUAACCAAAAGUCUUUUCAUAUCUGGAAAGAAUCAUUCCUUGCUGCUACACAAAAACUUCAGACGAUACACGCAAAAGGUGAAUGACGAAACAUCAUAUUGAAAUAGUAGCAAUCGAAAUGAAAAGGACAUUUUGCAAGUGAUAUUCUGGGGCAACAUGGUGCAGAAAUGAGCAUGUUCCAUGCAAUUUUUUGCUAACUAAUGUAAAGAAAAUAUAUUUCUUUUUUUUAUGGUUUUAAUUAUUUUUUUAUACUAAACCGUGAAAAGCAUUUAUGCUUUUCCUUUUUUAAGCUGGUUAUUAUUUGAAUAUGUAAAUUUCGUCCUUGAUAACAAAUGGAUGUAAAUUUUGAGACUUGAGUUAUGAUUUUGUACAUAGCUUCAUCAUGCA